GGAAGGAACGGCUGGACAGGCAGGCAUGGCCUCAGGACCAAGGAGGCCCUCCCACCCUUGGCCUCUCUCCCUCAGGGAUCUGGGCCGCACAGCCACCCCAUGCCCUGGACUACCUGGUCUGGCCUGCACAGAGGCCUGGUGUGGCCAUGGCCUGGGUAAGCGCCACUGAGAUUCCUCCAGCCUGGCGGUGCUGACCAUAAUAUUGUGUGGAGGGGACCGCCCAGGGAUCUGACCAGGGUGGAGUGGGCGAGGCAGACAUAGCUGGAUUUGGGUGUGGCAUGUUCUCCAGCCUUCCGGAAUGGAGGCAGAUCCACCAUCUUCACAAACUGGAGUCCUCACCUUCCUGACACUCCCCGUCCCUCCCCCCCCACCCGCCACCAACCUCAAGCAAGUGGAAGAGAGUGACGUUCCAAGAGGGCCGGUGCAAGUGUGGUGCACACGGCUUUGAGUCCUUCGCGAUCCUGGCGCCCCUCCUGCUCCUGCUGAGCCGGGUGUGAGGAUGUGCACGUGGCACUGUCAGAGAGGCCCAGAAUGCUGGCCUGUCCCCUGAGUAUCUAGCCCGCCUGCUAGUCUUCCUGCUCCAGGCUGCAGAGGGCACGGGACAUCCAGGGCCAUGAGGAGAAGAGUGGGUGACAGAAGCGAGAUGGAGUCCCGAGGAGGGUGGACCCUGCAGGUGGCCCCAGAAGAAGGCCAGGACCUCUGCAGUGUGAAGACUGCCACUAGGGGCCCCUCUGAGGGGGCUGUGUCUGGAGGCUGGGGGACCUGGGAAGACUUAACGGAGGUCCCAGAGGAGGCAGGAGAUGGUCAGCAGCAGCAAGCCACGCUGGGGGCGGUGGACGACCAGGAGGGUCCCGGCAGGGAGCGGGAGCCCGCAGACGGUGGGCAGGUGGGGGCCGGGCCCAGGAGCCAGCCUUCAGACCGGGCGCCGCAGCCCUCUCCCCUCCCUGCGAGGCCGGGCUGCCGGUGCGGGGAGUGCGGCAAGGCGUUCAGCCAGAGCUCCUACUUGCUGCAGCACCGGCGCGUGCACACCGGCGAGAAGCCGUAUACGUGCCCCGAGUGCGGCCAGGCCUUCGCGUGGAGCUCCAGCCUCAGCCAGCACCGGCGCAUCCACAGCGGCGAGUGCGGCCAGGCCUUCCGCGGGCACUCGCAGCUCAUCCACCACCAGAAGACACACAGCGGCCUGAAGCCCUUCCGCUGCCCGGACUGCGGCAAGUCCUUCGGCUGAAGCACCACGCCGGUGCAGCACCGCCGCCCGCGCACGGACGAGAAGCCCUACGAGUGCCCGGAGUGCGGCAAGGCCUUCAGCUGGAACUCCAAUUUCCUGGAGCACCGGCGCGUGCACACGGGCGCUCGGCCGCACGCCUGCCCCGACUGCGGCAAGUGCUUCGGCCAGAGCUCCAGCCUGGCGGAGCACCUGAAGAUCCACGCGGGCGCGCGGGCGCACGCCUGCCCCGACUGCGGCAAGGCGUUCGUGCGCGCGGCGGGUCUGGGGCAGCACCCGCGCACACGCAGCAGCGAGAAGCCGCUCCCCGGCGCGGAGGGCGGCCAGGCUUUCCGCGGGAGCUCGCAGCUCCUGCAGCACUAGCGCUCACACACGGACUAGCGGCCCUUCGAGUGCGCCGAGUGCGGCCAGGCCUUCGUCACGGGCUCCCACCUGGAGGAGCACCGGCACGUGCACCACACGGGCGAGAAGCCUCACGCGUGCGCCCGGUGCGGCCAGGCCUUCAGCCAGCGCUCCAGCCUGCUCAGCCACCGACUCACGUACACGGGCGAGCGGCCCUUCGCCUUCCGCGGCCGCCCCGAACUGCGCCGGCACCAGCGCCUGCUCUGCGGCGAGGCCUUCGUGCGCAAGUCGGAGCUCGAGAGCCACCGGCGCCAGCACACGGGCGAGCGGCCCUACGCUUGCGGCGAGCGCGGGAAACCCUUCAGCCAGCGCUCCAACCUUAACUAGCACCGGAAGCGGCACGGGGGCCGCACUGCGCCCUGA